AUGAGAUUAAGUGCGCUCCCCCGGGCUUCGGUCUGGGCUCAAUGUCGAGGAAUCUCAGAUCGUGCUCUGAAAGUACCAAGACAACUACAGACACGGCCUUCGCUCAUUCGUGCUUUCAAGGGCUUGAGGCAACCAUGGCAUAAUAAUCAGCGAGUAGUUGGGUUUCACGAGGCCAAACCUCGACCUUUGCCCCUGGCCACCCAGGAUUUGGACUCACCAUCAGCUCCGACGGCACCAUCACCCUACAAACCACCUGAGACAGGACUGUUGUCGAAACUCCCAGCCUCAUGGGUUCCUUAUGCUGAGCUGAUUCGACUUGACAAGCCUGCUGGAACCUAUUAUCUAUUCUUCCCAUGUCUGUUUUCUACUCUCAUGGCUGCCCCAAUGGCUAUGCCAAUGGCGACUCCAGGCUCUGUAAUUGGAACAUCACUCCUUUUCUUCUCUGGAGCUCUCAUCAUGAGAGGUGCUGGAUGUACUAUCAAUGAUCUAUGGGACCGCAACCUCGAUCCUCAUGUCUCAAGAACUCGACUCAGACCGAUUGCUCGUGGUGCGAUCACACCGUUCAAGGGUCUUGUCUACACUGGGGUUCAGCUGUUUGCCGGACUUGGGAUAUUGCUCCAAUUUCCCUUGCCUUGCCUCUUUUACGGCGUCCCCAGCUUGCUCCUGGUAGCCAGCUAUCCUUUGGCCAAGAGAGUUACUUAUUACCCUCAAGCAGUUCUCGGCCUCACCUUCUCGUGGGGCGCUAUUAUGGGUUUCCCGGCUCUUGGAAUCGACCUGCUGUCACAUACCCCAGCCUUGACUGCUGCAGCCUGCCUAUAUGCUUCAAAUAUUGCAUGGACAAUAUUAUACGACAUGAUCUAUGCUCAUAUGGACAUUAAGGACGACGUGAAGGCUGGAAUCAAGAGUAUUGCACUGAAGCAUGAUGCUGAGACAAAGCAGGUGCUGACUGGCUUGGCUGCUGUACAGAUCUCUCUUUUGGCUGCGGCCGGAUUUGCAGCCGGUGCUGGUCCGGCGUUCUUUGUUGGGAGCUGUGGAGGAGCUAUGGUCACGCUUGGUAUUAUGAUCAAGCGAGUCAAUCUCAAAGUUGUCAAGGAUUGUUGGUGGUGGUUCAUCAACGGGUGCUGGAUCACCGGUGGCGUGAUCAGCCUGGGCCUAGCCGCGGACUACACUCUCAGAUAUGUCCAGGGACCUGAGGACGACACCAAGUCAGAAAACUGA